CAGCGGGGAGAGUUGAGGAGGUUGGGGUUUUGCAGCUGCUCCUGAAGGUAACAGAAUGGGACGGUCUAGGAGCUUCGCCACCCCUUCAUGUCCACUAACCCUUAUGGCUUCCUCAAAGGAUGUGGUGAGGCAUUUAUGUCAGGAAUGCUUUCCCCCUUCAGCGACCAAUUCAGUCAGGUUAGUUGACAGCACUGUCAAAAGCUUAUCGGUGACCCCCGAGGAGGCAAAGCAGUUGAUCUGCAGCCUACAUGGUUUCACACGGCAAAUUGUAUUCCAAGGACUGACUUCAGCUGAAGAGAUUCUCCCACUCUUUCCUGAUGACUUUCAUCAAAACCUAAAGAAUCUGUUAACUAAAAUAAUUCUUGAAAACAUCUCCCAGGUUCUGUCGAAGGGUCAUGAGGACUCGAAACGUCAACUCUUUUCUUCUCCGCCGAUGCUGCCAGACCUGCUGAGUUUUUCCAGAGCUGCCUGGAGGAGUGAAACACUUGCAAACCAAAUUUCCUUACCCCACCUCAUUGACAUGGACUGGAGAGUGGAUAUCAAAACCUCGUCUGAUAACAUUAACAGAAUGGCAGUGCCCACUUGCCUGCUCCAGAUGAAGAUCCAGGAUGACAUCAAUGCCUGCCGAGGUGGACCCAUCAUUUCCACUGUCUCUCUUGAACUAAGCAAGGAAAAGCUGGAUACAAUGUUGGAUGGACUCAGUCGAAUCCGGGAUCAGCUUUCAGCUGUGGCAAACAAGUAACUGACUGUGUUGGAGGAGUAAAAGUAUUGGAAAUGUCUUGCAGCAUCAUGUUUGGACCUGAGGACUUGUUCUGUUGCCCUGUUUUAUAUGGGACUUUGCAUUGCUAAGUUUUCACAUUUUAUUUACAGAGAGGUUUAAUUUCAAACACGAUAAACCUAUGAUUCAUGUAAAUUUCCCCUCCACUUUCUUUACCAUUUGAUAUGACAUAUCUUAUUGAUGGUUUUUCUGUGUAUUUUAACACAACUUAUUUUUCCUGUGAAUUGUGAGCUUUGCAUUGUAUGUACUCGCCUGAGUUCCUCAAUUUGGUUGACUGAAGAUCUCCAAAUACAGAGUAAAACAUCCAUAGAAGACUAUUACUUUUGUAAUUAAAAGCAAUGUCAAAAUCUA